AUGAACCGUUUCAACCAGAAUCCAUGGAGCAAGGUGCAGUGCGAGAUGAUCCUCGCAUUCCUCUCCUUCGCGGAUUUCCUCCGCCCCAACUACUUCCUACUCGAGAACGUGCGCAACUUCGUCUCGUUCAAUGGAGCGCGUACUUUCCGCCUGGCUCUGAGGACGCUACUCGCUAUGGGUUACCAGGUCCGCUUUGGUGUCUUACAAGCAGGCAACUUCGGCAUAUCUCAGUCGCGCACAAGAGCCUUCAUCUGGGCAGCAGCGCCGGGCCACGUGCUCCCCGAGUGGCCCCAGCCUCUGCACGUCUUCGCCUCCUCCCAGCUCUCCGUCCCCCUCACCACCUCCGCUGCUGCUGCUGCUGGCGCUGCUGCUGCUGCUGCUGCUGCAAUUGGUCAGUUCAGCACGGUGAGCUCGCUGGCCAAUGAGGCGUGUCCACGUGGCCCUGCGAUGGGGGCGCCGCUGCGGUCGAUCACAGUGCGGGAUGCGAUGGGGGACCUGCCGAGCAUUGAGAACGGGGCAGAGGAGGAAGAAAUGGAGUAUUCCUCCGAGCCCUCCUCCUGGUUCCAACGCUGCAUUCGAUCCCAACAGGCCAGGCUGCUGGACCACACGUGCAAGAAAAUGAAUGAGCUCAAUUUGAAGCGCUGCCAACACAUCCCCAGGCGCCCGGGCGCGGACUGGCGGGACCUGCCGGAUAUCAAGGUGCGGCUAUCUGAUGGCCGUGAGGCGGAUCUCGUGCCCUGGUGCCUGCCCAACACCAUGCAGCGCCACAACAACUGGAAGGGGCUGUUUGGGCGGCUGGACUGGGCGGGCAACUUCCCCACGUCUGUGACGGACCCCCAGCCCAUGGGGAAAGUGGGCAUGUGCUUUCACCCCGAGCAAGAUCGUAUCGUCAGUGUGCGAGAAUGUGCGAGAUCUCAGGGCUUUCCCGACUGGUACUGCUUUGCCGGCAACAUCCAGGCCAAGCAUCGCCAGAUCGGCAACGCUGUCCCUCCGCCUCUCGCCCUGGCUCUGGGCUUGCAGCUGAGGAAAGCUCUUUUGGAGACGAAAAGGAUGGAUGGAGCAGAGGAAGAGGGGAAGAGUAACGAUGAGGCAAAGUAA